UAACCAAGAGGGAGUAUACUUUUGGACCUUGGUGGAUUAAAAAUAGGGAAUUUUAGUUCAUCUGGGCGUUUUCUUUGAGCACUAUUUUCUUCUUUAGAACUAUUUUGGUCUUAGCAAAUUGAGGGAGAGGCUGCCGACUAAACCCUCGAUUUUCUGGCUUCCCAGUUCUCUACAAGUGUACCAUUUGGUGUUCUUACCAAUUUAAUUUUCCAGGUUUAAGUAUGCUUCCAAAGCGUUUAAAGAAGCUUGAUAUAGACAAUCCAAAGAAGCUCGCAAACUUGAUCGACCUGGUAAAUCUCCCAUCAACUUUACGGGAGUUUGUUGGCCGAUCACAGAUUUCUCGAUUGGGAUGCUUCAUGCGAGUUUGGUCAUACAUCAAAUCAAAUAAUCUCCAGGACCCCCAAAACAAAAAUCUUGUCAAUUGUGAUGAUAAGCUGAAGAGUAUUUUGCUUGGAAAAUCAAAGGUUGAUCUAGCCGAGUUACCUGCCUUGAUCAAAUUGCAUUUUCCCAAGCCGCCAAAGUGACAAGGACUCUUAAUUGUGUAGUCAAGGCGCGUAAGGAGAAGUCGGGUGCUGCUUCGAUAUCUGCUCAAUCUGCUUGUAAAUGAUUCUACCUCAAUUUGAUGGUGUUUAUAUUCAACAAACUUGUUUACCAAUUUGCAGCACAACUUCUUACUAAAUCCCUGAUGGUCUCUCUCCUUUCCGUCUAUUUCUGUUUGGUUUACGUUUUAUGGCUGUAAGAUUAGAGAUAAUGAUUGCUAUCAAAGGCCGAUCAAAUAACAGUCUCUUUAUUACUACAAAGAAAAGACUACAUUUUACAUUUCAAAACUUUGCCGAGUGUAAAGGUUAAGUGGAAGCAGUUUAAUGACAUUGAAAUAACGAGGUGUUGGGUAAAUUGAUACCAAAAAAAAGGCAAAAGAAAGGCUAAAAGGAUUAAUGAUAAUAUGGAGCCGCCCACAGAUGCAAAGACGUGUGCUCAACUUUCUCAAUUUGUAUGUGACCCAUUUUGUGGUCCUUUCUGGCUCUUUUAUCUAUGCUAUGUGCAUUAUGCCUAGUAUGGGAUGAUUUUAGGGCUUUGUGAACUUGAUUAUGACAUUUGGCAAUUGGACUCUACAUAUCAUCUUAGAGCUAAAGCUAUUCUUGUAAGUGAUUAUUUUUCAAUAAGAUAACCUUAAAUAAGGAGUUUACAUAUUCAUAAUAUGUAUGAGAUAGGUUGUUUAAUCCUUGUAUAAGGCGUGUUUCUCGAUGAGAUUGUCUUAUACAACAAAUUGUGUUGAUUUUAAAGUAUUGUUAUGAUCAAUUCGUAAUAAUUGACAAAAUUUGACAAAUGAUUGAUAGUUGAUAAUUACUUUAGAAUUUAAUAAUUUUAAUUUCCAAUGAUUCAAAUUGGUCUUUGUAUUAUAUAGG